AUGGAGAGGCCAGCCGCAUCGGGCGCGGCAUCGGGCGUGCAGGUCCACUACGACUCACAGGCGCACAAGCACACGAACUUGCGCGACGCCCUCGCGGCCCGUCGGGCGGGCGUGCUCUUCACUUACAAGCGCUACGCGAACUCCAUCAAGCGGCAGCUCAUCCAGUCCCACGCGCGGGACGCGCGGCUCCUGAUCGACAUUGGAUGUGGCCGGGGCGGGGACAUCGCCAAAUGGCGUGAUGCUCGCGUCCAUCACGUCGUCGCGAUGGACCUCUCGGCCGCGCAGCUCGACGAGGCGCGCAGCCGCGAGACGGACGGCCGGGGCGGGGAUGCCGUGCUGACCGCCCUCGGCGGGUCCAGCUCGGUCACGCUGCAGGUGCCCUUCGUGCUGCGGCUCAGGCUGCUGGAGGAGGCGGCAGCCGGCCGCGGCGAGGGCGGCGAGGGGUUGGGCGAGUCCGACGAGUUUGGCCGCGCUCUCUUCUUCUCCCUCGAGGACACGGCGUCGCGACUGGACUCGUCACUCGCGUUCGCGCUCGCGCUCGCCGCCGCGCCGCUCGCCGCCGCGCGAGCGCGGACCGAAGAUCGGAUGACGGGCGACGCGGCCGGUGAACGUGCGUCUCACAGACCGUUCUGCGGCUGGGAAUAA